AUGAAUGUAGACCUAGGGAGUUUUAUCGUUUUGCAGGAAGUUGGCCAGCAGCAACUGAUGGAUAACUUGCUUCGGAGUCAGUAUCGACGUGCGACGCAUGCCAGCGUGGAUUAUCCUAGUCCGCCUCGGCAACCGCGGAAACGCUAUUCACAGCCACAAAUGUCUGCUGAAGUUGGUGAUGAGUUAUAUCGUGCGAAAGCUGCCGUUGCUCGAAAGCGAUCCUUACCACGUCCGCCUACUGCACUGUAG